AUGUACGCGUCUCGAACAGUGAAGCCCAAUUCAAUAGAAUACUAUCUCGAAAAACAAGAAGCUGACACUGCUAUUCAGUCUUUAAUACAGAACCAAGCUCAGGAGAACUCAAAAGACUCCCAAUUCAAAUCGACAUCCAAUUCGAAGCAAUUAAAACUUGACUCGAAUGUUUUAAAACCACAGCCCGCACGAACAAAUACAGCUCUAAGAAUAGACCAAAGAAUACCGAACAAAGAGUUGAGGUCAAGAUUGAAAUUACAAUCGGAUGAGUAUUUUUCCCUUAACAACCAGGGAAAUACUCCAUAUAACCGUAUCUACACAAAUACCGUUAAAGAAACAAUAAUGGCAUACACAAAACUCUGUCAAUUGGUCCCCAACCAGGACCAAUUGACGGACAUUAUAUGUUCCUACCUUCCCAUAUUUGCUGAGUGUGUGGAAGGUAGGACAUUGUUACAAGCUUGCUUACGUAUGCCACCAAAUCUCCGUCAACAAUUUGCUCAAAUUGUACAUGAAUUUAAAGCUUUUAACAACGGAUACGAUGAAGAUGAA